AUGAAAAUUCCAAGUUCUGACGCACGUGUUCAUCUUUUGAACGAACAAUCCGAUGUUUGGUCAAUCAUCAGGGAAAUUGUCAACAAAACUAACCAGGAAGAUGCUUUCUAUGUCAUGGAUGUCGGAGAAAUUGUGAAAAAGCAUAAUCAGUGGGUGUCGCAGUUACCUCGAGUCACUCCUCACUACGCUGUAAAAUGCAAUGAUGGGCUUACUGUCCUUGAAACUCUCAAUGCAUUGGGAACCAACUUUGAUUGUGCUUCAAAGGGAGAAAUCAACAAAGUUCUGGGUUUGGGUGUGGAACCAGAAAGAAUCAUAUUCGCCAAUCCUGCUAAACCUUCAAGCCAUAUUAAGUAUGCCGCAUCCGUUGGUGUACAAAAUAUGACUUUUGACAGCGAAACCGAGCUACACAAAGUCAAAAACCUGUUUCCUGAAGCCAAAAUGGUAAUCCGUAUUCGUUGUGACGCCACAGAAGUUCAGUGUCAACUAGGAAACAAAUUUGGUUGUGACCCCAUUACCGAAGCUCCCGAACUUCUCCGUAUUGCUAAAUCUUUGGAUAUAGAUGUGGUGGGCGUCAGUUUUCACGUUGGAUCCGGAUGUCGUGAACCUCCUGUAUUUCGCAGAGCCAUUUCUGCUGCAAGAGACAUUUUUGACUAUGCUGAGACUCUGGGUUACAAUUUUAAUUUGCUCGAUAUUGGUGGCGGUUUCCCUGGAGGACAAGGAACGACCAUUGAUAAGAUUGCAGAGAUUGUUAACUUAGCUUUGGACACCUACUUCCCAGACCCAUCUGUUCAUGUAAUAGCUGAGCCAGGUCGUUUUUAUGUAAGCUCUGCUUAUACUCUAGUAUGCAACAUACAUUCAAUCAGAAACGUUAUCCAUACUGAUAAAGAAACUGGCUCUGCAUUAACACAUCGCAUGUAUUACAUCAAUGACGGAGUAUAUGGCAGUUUUAAUUGCAUUUUAUAUGACCAUCAGGUAGUAGUACCCCAACCAUUAGACGAACGUCCUGGAGCAAAAUAUUAUGAAAGCAGCGUAUGGGGUCCUACAUGCGAUGGGCUAGAUCAAGUUAUCGAGAACGCUAUGUUGCCAGAUAUGAAAAUUGGUGACUGGUUGGUCUUUGAAGAUAUGGGAGCUUACACACUUCCUGUUGCAAGUCCCUUUAAUGGUUUUCCCAUUCCCAUGGUACACAUUGUUAUGGAAGAGAGUAUAAGAUUGCUGCUAGAAGACAUGUUCGAACUGACAGAUAGCCACUUUGAGAUGUUGACAAUUCCAAGCAAUCUAAAUAACAAAGAUGAUUCCACUUCCAAAUAUACACUUCCUACUUUUCCCAUAACGGUCGGCGAUUCAAUAUUGGACUAUGUUGCUAUGGAAUAA